AUGCCUUGCGUCCUCCCCCACCUGCCCCUGGACUGUCACCUGGCCUCUGCCGCAGGCUCCACUUCCCUGCACAUUUCAGGCAUCAACAUCUACGAGCCAGCGCCCCCUACUGGUCCCACCCAGAAGCCCCUGGAGGCCCUGGGCAAUUUCCGUGGGUGGCACAUUAGGACUGAGAAUCUCCAGCAGAACCUCAGCUGGACUGUGAAGCAGCAGUGUGUGGACCUUCUGGCCGAGGGCUUGUGGGAGGAGCUGCUAGAUGAUGAACAGCCACACAUCACGGUCAUGGACUGGUAUGAGGACAGCCGGCUGGAUGUGUGUGUGUAUGAGCUGCACGUCUGGCUGCUGGCAGCUGACCGCCGCACAGUCAUUGCACAGCACCAUGUGGCCCCCCGGACGUCUGGGAGAGGCCCCCCCGGCCGCUGGGUCCAGGUGUCCCACAUGUUCCGCCAGUAUGGCCCCGGCGUGCGCUUUGUCCAUUUCCUGCACAAGUCCAAGAACCGGCUGGAGCAUGGUGGGCUGCGGCGGACCAGGGUGACCGACUCCUCCGUGUCUGUACAGUUCAGGGAGUGACGGGCUAACUCCGGGCCCAUGCUGACCCCUUGUCUCACCCAUACACCCCUUGAAACCUCCCUGAGCCGUUAGCAUCUCUUUGUCUCCUUAUCACUUCUGGCCUCUUAGCAUCUCUCUGACCCCACAGCAGCUCCCUGGCCCUUAGAAGUCCCUAACCCUUAGCACCUCCUUGUCCCUGAAGCGCCACCAUGUUCCCUUAGCACCUCCCUGCUCCCUUGAUACCCUCAUGACCCGUCAGCUGCUCCAGGAUCACUUAUCACCUCCUACACCCCUUAAUCCUGCCUGGCCCUUGGUUUCUCAUUUGACAUCUCCACACAUCUUUGAAUGUCUGACUCUCUGGCAUUUUCUCCGCCCUCUCUGAGUACCACGAGGGUAGUGGCACUUCUUCCAGUGCUUGAUGGAUGGUAGGGGCUCAAUAAAUCUUUGUUGGCUGAAAUAAAUAAAUACACGUGCCCAAGGA